AUGGACGCCUCCGAGCUGCUGACUCUACCCUUGGCGUACCGGAACGGCUCGGCUCGCCUUCUCACGGGAGACCUGGUCGUACACGACAUUGAGCGGUGGUGUCAUCAAAAAGCCGACAAAGGAGGCGUCAAGCCAGUCAUGGCUGUUUUGUUCUUCAACACGGGCCCUGAUGCUGUCGACUAUGUCAAGAUCAAGGCUCACGUUGCUGCACGGGCUGGCGUGGACUACUGGGUGUAUGAGAUGCCCGUCGACGCGUCAACAAUAGAGGUCAUGAACGAAGUCAAAGAGCUGAACAUGGACCCUCAAAUCCACGGCAUUCUUAUACAGCGCCCGUUGCCUAAGCAGUUGAAUGAAGCAAAGAUCAUGGGAUACAUCGAUCCUUUCAAGAAUAUUGAAGAAUACGAUAAAGGCGAGGCGGACAACAUUGCUGCAGACGCCUUGGUCCGCUUGCUGGCUAGGUAUGGGCUACUAGAGUCAGCACAACAGGCUCAAAUCCAGAUAGUCGGUUUCGGCAACAUCAUCACGAAAGAGUUUAUCAACAAGAUGAAGCGCGAAUUUCCCUACGUGAGCGCGUCCAAAGAAUUCGAUCCAUCUCAUGAUGCCAUUCAAGACAAGGAUGAAGCUCUUGGGGAGAGAGCUCAGGCACCACGCGCUUCUAUGAUUAUCUCGGAACUUCAUCGAGGACCCGGGUUCAUAAGAGCAUCUAUGGUCAAGCCGGAAGUGAGCGUCUUAGUCGAUCUUGGCUUCUAUGUUACAGAAAAAGGCGUCAUCGGCGAUGUUAGCCACGCUCUUUUUGAUCGGAGUGAUCUAGCAAUCGCCCCGACACCGGGAGGAGUCCUUCCCAUUCUGUUGUGGAUCAUGAUGGAGCGGACAAUCAAGGCCAAGCGGAUCAUUGCGAAAGAAAACAUGCGAGGGUGCUGUUGCUUAACUAUGUGA